CCGUGGCGCCCGCAGCAGAGGAUGUAGAGCUGGACGACAUGGCCGACACCGCCGCUGAACCACUGAUUGCGCACGGCGGCCCUCGGAACGGAUACGCAUACAACAAUGAUGGGGAAGUGGAGGGCGAUCAGAGAGGGGAGUUCAGUGAUGGGGAGGAGCGCGGAGAGGGAGAAGAGGUGGAUGAGAGGUUGCUGGGUACACCUGGGAUGUUUAUAUGGGUUCUUACGUGCUGCGCGGGACUGAGCGGGUUGUUGUUUGGAUAUGACACCGGCGUAAUCUCUUCAACCUUGAUAUCAAUCAAUACAGAUCUCUCCUCCCGACCAUUAACCACACUCGACAAAAGCCUAAUAACCUCGUCCACAUCCUUCUUCGCACUGCUCGCCUCGCCACUAACUGGUAUCCUCGCCGACGCAUGGGGCCGUAAAUUCGUUAUCCUCGUCGCAGAUGCGCUCUUCGUCGUCGGCGCUCUACUCCAAGCUUUCACGACCUCUGUCCCUGGGAUGAUCGCCGGCCGCAGCAUCGUAGGUGCCGCUGUUGGGAGCGCGAGUUUCGUUGUGCCUUUGUAUAUCGGGGAGGUGUCACCGGGACCGUUCCGAGGACGGUUGGUGGUUGUCUCGAGUCUGUUCAUUACAGGUGGGCAGGUUGUUGCGUAUAUCGUUGGGUGGCUGUUUUCGAUGCAGUUGCAUGGGUGGAGGUGGAUGGUUGGGUUGGGGGCUGCGCCUGCUGCUCUGCAGUGUAUUCUGAUGUGGUGGAUGCCCGAAACCCCUCGCUAUCUCAUCAAAACCGGAAGAAAGGAGCAAGCUCGCCGAAUACUAAGCCGCGUGUAUCAAGGCACAGACGACGGCGGCAAUCUCGAACAAGUGCUAGUCAACGGCGUCCUCCGGAGAGUCGAAAGGGAGAUUUUGGAAGAAGAAGACGUAGUAAGAGGUGGAUCCAGGGAUCUGGACAAAACAGGCUUCGCAGCGAAACUCGACCAGAUCCAAGACAACUUCUCGCAGCUUGUCAACGUAGGUGGAAACAGACGAGCACUGAUUAUAGCGUGUUUGCUGCAAGGUGCUCAGCAGCUCUGUGGAUUUAACUCCCUAAUGUACUUCAGCGCAACAAUUUUCUCCCUAGUCGGCUUCCGCUCCCCAGCCCUAACCUCCCUCAGCAUAGCCCUAACAAACUUCCUCUUCACACUCGUAGCGUUCCAUUACAUCGACCGCAUCGGACGGCGCAGGAUUCUCCUCCUCUCCAUCCCCAUCAUGAUCAUCGGCCUCGCACUCUGCGCCGUCGCAUUCAUCUUUCUCCGCCUACCGGCCUCGGCUGGUGCUGCAGGUGGGAUAGGAGCGAAGGAGAUUACAGUAGAAGAAGGGAUGCUGUGGCCUGUUGUUAUACUGUUGGCCAUGGUGGUGUAUGUAGCGGGCUAUGCGGUGGGAUUGGGCAAUGUGCCGUGGCAGCAGUCUGAGUUAUUCCCGCUCUCGGUUCGGUCAUUGGGUUCUGCCCUUGCUACGGCGACGAACUGGGGUUCCAAUACCGUCGUGGGUCUGACGUUCUUGCCCAUGAUGGAGUUCUUUACCCCGACGGGGACAUUUGCGUUAUAUGCUGUGGUCUGUGCAUGUGCGUUAGGUGCCAUUUGGAGGAUCUAUCCCGAGACGGCAGGUUUGGCAUUGGAAGAAUCGCAAGGGCUGUUGAAAAGUGGAUGGGGCGUCGAUGAAAGUGUCAGACGUGCAAACGCGAGACGCAGAGAAAGGGGAUAA